CAGCCCUAGAGCCAGCGCGCUGCUCUCUUUGCGCCUUUUUCUUGUUUAACAUAAACUAAAACAGAUGGAAUAAUGUUUGCUUAAAAUAACAGUUUUUCAGCGCUGGAAGGAGAAAAAGCUCAGAGUUUCUCACUUUGGGCUGUAGUUAGGUGCUGAUUUGACAACCUGAAGACGUUUUGCGCAAAGUCUUACCUGGGCAUUAUGAGGAGGUAUCCAGGCUUUUUUCAUUCAUGGGAGAGGAUGCAGUCUAGCUGAACUCGCGUAGCGCAAUUGCGGACUUUUGUUUUUAUUUGCUUAUAUUUUAGUGGCUCUCCAUAACGCGAUCUUUCCUUUUACGCGGUACUUUCAAAACUUUGCACGCUCAAAAUGGACCGUGCAGGAUUUGUUGUUUUGAUGGUUUUGACUGUUGCACUUGUGCGAAUUGGUGACAGUCAUAGGGACACAACAGGUGGGAGGACAGAGGGUGCAGCAGUUGUCCAACAGCAGUCCUGGCUGAAGAGUCAAGGUCACUCGCCAAGGGGACCAGGGGACGGUGCAUCCUCCGGUGAAACGUCUCCAGGGACAAGCCAGUCUAGGACUCUGAUCCGCCUCAGAGCAUCAGCCCAAGGGGAUGCUAGGCACAAAUCCAAAGCAGGACCGGCUCAUGCUGCAGGCGCCUCCGGGGAAGACGUGUCUGCGCCGCGGGAUGGUGCGCUGCGCACCGCCAGACACACAGCCAGCCAGCAGCACAGAACCAGAGUGAACCGCAGGCAGAGCAGCAAACCCAGCUCUGCCAGCGCAAGGAGACUUGUUGGGCCGAAUGUCUGUGGAGGUCAGCACUGCUGCUCAGGCUGGGCUUUGGCACCAGGAACCAAUCGCUGCAUUAAACCUGACUGCCAGCCCCCCUGCCAGAACCGUGGCUCCUGCAGCCGCCCACAGACCUGUGUGUGUCGCUCAGGCUUCCAGGGGCCCCGCUGUGAGGAGGUGGCUCCAGAGCAGGUGUACAUCCGUGAUGGAGGUGCCCUGAGGCGCGUUCAACCCGGGACCAACCCUUUCCAGAAAGACCAACCACAGAGAAGGCCGUCGGAAAGGCAGGCCAUCGAUACCACCAAGGUUCAGACCCCGCGACCUGCGACCACCAGACAGCCUGUGACCCAAGUGAGAAGGGGACCCCCUGACUCCUCCCCGCAGCAGACUGGGACCUCCCGCACUGUGAAACGAUAUCCAUCAUCUUCUGGGCCUAUAACCUCCAAUGCUCUACCCAAUGGCAACGGCUACGCUAACGGCCACAGCAGCGAGCACAGGAACUGGCAUGGACACAGGAACAGGCACAACAACGCACACUAUCACACUCACAGGCCGACCAGCAACAGCCAGCUGCACGGACAGUACAACAAUGCAUUAUUACCAGCAGGGGCCAACCUCACCUCCAACUUGGACCGCAUCAAGAUCGUCUUCACACCCAUGCUGUGCCGCAGGGUGUGCAGCGGCGGACACUGCUACAACAGCUGUGAGAAGGGAGACAUCACCACGGUCUACAGCGAGACCUCGCAGCAGCAGCACCAGCAGCAGCAGCAGCCAAAGAACCAGGGCUUCCGACUCUUCUUCUGUCAGAUACCCUGUCUUAAUGGAGGCCGAUGCAUCGGCAGGGACCUGUGCUGGUGUCCAUCAAACUCGACAGGGAAGUUUUGCCACCUGCCAGCCCCGUCCCCUGCCAGACCAGCCCCUAACAGCCACAAGGAUGCCAGCCACCAGGGAUCAAAAUCUCCCUCCCACUCCAUGUACACUUUGCCACUGUCCAAUCAGCAAGUGUCUCUCCACCCAUCCUUGGUGAAUGUCCACAUUCAGCACCCUCCAGAUGCCGAAGUCCAGAUCCACCAAGUCGCUCGAGUCCAGCCUGGGCAGAGACCGUCAACCACAGAAGGGGCUCACUCUGUCCAGCAGCGCUCUCAGCCUGGAAAUGGACAUGAAUCCACCAACGAGCAAAGCAGCAACCACGCACACACUAGUGGGAACGGCAACGGCCAGACCAGACCACACAGCCGUCAGAACGGACAUAUUGGAAGAUGCUUUCAGGAAACAGUCGAUGGACAGUGUGGCAAGCCCCUGCCAGGCCUAACCAAACAGGAUGAUUGCUGUGGAAGCGUGGGCGCCUCCUGGGGUCUCAACAAGUGCCAAAAGUGUCCGACCAAACCAGCAUAUGCAGUGAUUGCAAAUGGACAAGUGGAAUGUCCUAAAGGUUUUAAAAGGAUGAAUGUCACACAUUGUCAAGACAUCAAUGAGUGCCUGUUGCCCGGGCUCUGUAAAAACGCUGAAUGUCUCAACACCAAAGGAAGCUACAGGUGCACGUGUAAACCCGGCUACAUGUUGGAUGCUGACAGGAGCCACUGUGUUUCGGAUAAGGCCGUGUCUGACCAGAGGGCACUCUGCUACAGAUCGGUGUCAGCAGGCACUUGCUCCUUGCCACUUGCUCAACACAUUACAAAGCAGAUCUGCUGCUGCAGCCGCGUGGGGAAGGCCUGGGGCCCGGGGUGUGACCGCUGUCCUUUGCCAGGAUCAGAUCAUUUCAAGGAGAUCUGCCCAGCCGGUCACGGGUAUACCUACUCGCGCUCUGAUGUGCAGUUUUCUCUCAGACAGCUGGAGGAAGAUGAUCUACAGAGCACAGGAGUGUCAUGGGAGGAGCAGAGCCCCACUUACCCUCAGCCUCCAUCCUCUGAUCCUGCACUGUCGCUGCCUAGCAGGCCACAUCACCCCAGCUACCCACAGACGCCACAAGUACCCCAAUAUCCCGAGUACCCUGAGACACCUGAAGCACCCCGGUACCCUCUGACUCCGCAGCAGCCUCUCCAUCCCUCUCAACCAGACAGAGAGACGCCUAAACAGCCAGAAGAUGUGGAAAUUCUGAUCCCGCCAGCUGUUGUGACUGACUCACCACUGAAGUAUCCAGAAACUUCUCCAGACUCCUCCAUCAACACCAGCAGACCAGGUUCAGAGGACACAACCCACACAGCCACAGCCACAGGUAUUGACAAGUGUGCCACCACCCCGGGCAUCUGUGGCCAUGGGAAAUGUAUCCCUGUGCAGACUGGCUACACCUGCCACUGUGAGCCAGGAUUCAAGCUCAGUGCACUGCAGACCAACUGCAUUGAUGUUAACGAGUGUGAUGAGGACCCAUGUGAAGGGAAGGGCCGCUGCAUAAACAGCUAUGGCUCCUACACCUGUCAGUGCCACAGCGGCUACAGCCAGGUGAUCACCCAGAACAGGAAGUUCUGUCAAGACAUUAAUGAGUGCAGCAUGCCCAACAAGUGCCAGAACGGCAAAUGCGUCAACACAGAAGGGUCUUACACCUGUGAAUGCAACAGCGGCUACGCCAAGUCUCGGAGAGGCCAAUGCGAAGAUGUAGAUGAGUGCAGGGAUCCCAGCUCCUGUCCCAACGGUGUCUGCGUCAACACUCCCGGCUCCUUCCAGUGCCAGGCCUGUGGCCCUGGGUUCAGGCCUAUCGAAGAAAGAUGUGUGGAUGUAAAUGAGUGCUUGAACCAAACAGUGUGCGGCCAUGGUCGGUGUGUCAACACUGAGGGCUCCUAUAGGUGCAACUGUUUCCAGGGAUACAGACUCUCACCAGAUAAUGUUUGCCAAGAUGUGGAUGAAUGUGUGCUCCCUGGAGUCUGCCUCAACGGCCGCUGUGUCAAUCUGGACGGCACUCACAAAUGCACCUGUAACCAUGGUUACCAAGUCACCUCAGACAGCAAAGCUUGUGAAGAUGUCAACGAGUGCUCAACUGGUAAUGUGUGCCCAGCGGGAAUUUGCAUCAACACUGCAGGUUCCUACACUUGCCAGAACUGCAGGCCCGGGUUUGGACCAUCUGCUGAUGGACUGAGAUGUGAAGACGUGAACGAGUGUGCCCAGGGUGACUUGUGUCUCGGUGGCGUGUGCGCCAACACGGAGGGAUCCUACACCUGCACCAGAUGUAAGGCUGGCUAUAAAGUGUCUCAAGACCGACAGAGGUGUGAAGAUGUUGAUGAGUGCCAGUCCCUGUCUACCUGUGCCAACGGGAUCUGUCUUAACUCGGAAGGCUCUUACACCUGUGAGAACUGCCCAACAGGGUACAGAAUAUCAUAUGACGGGGAGCUCUGCGAAGAUAUCGAUGAGUGUGCGCUGCCCACUACAUGCCCCCUGGGAACAUGUACAAACACAGAAGGUUCCUUCACAUGUAUCGCGUGUCAGCCUGGUUUCAGAGUCUCUGAGGAUGGACAACAAUGUGAUGAUGUGAACGAGUGCUUGGUGGCUAACGUGUGCCCACGCCAGCUGUGCUUGAACACUCCAGGAUCGUACACCUGCAGGAGCUGCGAAGCCGGCCUGCAACUGUCUGAGGAUGGUUAUGGCUGUGAGGACAUUGACGAGUGCCAGAUCCCAGGUGUGUGCCCCACGGGUGUUUGCACCAACACAGAGGGCUCCUUCUCCUGCAUGGCCUAUGAACGCGGCCUCACGGUGGCACCCAACGGGCUCUCAUGUGAAGAUGGGAAUGACUGUGAGGACACCAGCCUGCGUGAGGCAGGCCGGUGCACCAACACCAUCGGUUCCGACAGCUGCUCCUGCCCCGAUGGUAUGGAGCUGGUGGAUAGGACGUUCUGCAGAGAUAUCAAUGAGUGUUUAACUGACGUGGGGAUCUGCGGGGAAGGAAGCUGUGUGAACACUGAGGGCUCCUUCAUGUGCAUCUGCCCUGAUGGAUAUACCACCGUCGAUGGAAGGACCGGUUGCCAAGAUGUGGAUGAAUGCAGUAAAGACAAUGUUUGCAUCCGCGGCAAGUGUCUCAACACUGACGGCUCGUUCAUGUGCUUAUGUGAAGCUGGCUUCAAAUUCAGCGAUGACACAGCUGACUGUGAAGACCAGAAUGAGUGCAAAGAGUUUGGAAGCUCAGUGUGUGGUACCUGGCGCUGCGAAAACACCAUCGGCUCCUACCGCUGUUUCAUGGGCUGCCAGCCCGGCCUCGAGGGAGAGGACGCCACAGACUGUGAUAUUGAUGAGUGUGUCAAUGAAACCAUCUGUGGGAACCACGGCUACUGCGAGAACACAGACGGCUCCUUCCGCUGCCAGUGUGACCAAGGCUACACCAACCCGCCAGGAGACAUGAGCAAAUGUGUCGACGUGAACGAGUGCGAGAUGAGCUUGGCGCUGUGCGGGGAGGUCCUGUGUGAGAACUUCGAUGGCAGCUUCCUGUGCAUCUGCCCCAACGACAAUGAGGAAUUUGAUCCCAUCACCAGCCAGUGCCGCUCCCUGGCAGAUAUUAACCCCACACCUGCUCCUCGAGUCCCUCCAUCCACUCCCUCCGCUGUUGAGAGGAAGGAGUGUUACUAUAACCUGAACGACGCCAACUUCUGCGACAACGUCCUGUCUCGUAACACCACCAAGCAGGAGUGCUGCUGCACGGUGGGGGCCGGCUGGGGGGACAACUGCGAGAUCCACGCCUGUCCCGUCCCCGGAAGAGAUGACUAUAACCAGUUGUGUCCUCAUGGCAGUGGAUUAUUACCUCUGGCUGUUUCCUCUUCACAAAAUCUGGGAGAACAGCGUCCAUACAUAGAUGCAAAUGAGUGCGAGAUGUUUGGAUCAGACAUUUGUAAAAACGGACAGUGUUCAAAUCUCUUCUCUACCUAUACCUGCUAUUGUCGAUCUGGCUUCUACUAUGACAACAUCCGGCUUGAGUGUGUGGAUUAUGAUGAAUGUGGAUUUGGAACCGCCUGUGAGAACGGAGUGUGUGUGAACACGGCCGGGUCUUUCAACUGUUUCUGCAGUCCUCCAUUAGUCCUGGACAGCUCCCGGCGGCGCUGCAUUGGCGUCAACACCACAGAAGAAACUCUAGAGACUGAGCACGAUAUGCACAUGGAUAUUUGCUGGCAGCGUCUGGAGGGGGACAACAUGUGUUCAGAACCCCUGCAGGGACGCAGAACCACAUACACUGAAUGCUGCUGCCUGUACGGCAUGGCCUGGAGUGGACAGUGUGCCCUCUGCCCCCGGAGAGACUCUAAUGACUACGCAUUGAUGUGCAACCUGCCUCGGAGAGGAGGAACAGACAGUCUGCGAGAGCGGCCGGGAUAUGAGUACGGUCUUGAGGGGCCAGAGGAUACCGUGGAGCCUUUUGUUCCCCCGUACUGGGACAAUUAUGGCAACCCUGCAGGAGCCUUUGACAUUCCUGAAAGCAUCCCUCUCUUCAGUGAUUACAGCAUUCCACAGCCACCUUCCCGUGUUCCCAUUUCACGACCACAGGAACAGCAGCCACGACCAGUGGAUCCCUAUGCUGAGCGCUACGAUGGCUUUGAGGGUCUCAGAGCGGAGGAGUGUGGAAUCCUAAACGGGUGUGAAAACGGCCGCUGCGUUCGUGUGCGAGAGGGUUACACCUGCGACUGCUUCGACGGUUACGAACUUGACCUAAGCAAGAUGGCCUGUAUAGACAUAAACGAGUGCGAGGACAUCAGUGACAAGGUGCCCUUGUGUCAAAACGGGCAGUGCACCAACACAGAGGGCUCGUACAAGUGCACCUGUUCGCCGGGCUUUGUGGCGUCCUCAGAGCCACACAAAUGCAUCCCAGAGAUCCCAGAGUCUGUGGAGAGAGGAAACUGAGACAGACUGCUGGCUUUUCCUGCUUCCUCAAAGAUCACCCGACACCCCUCUGCCCUUCACCCCGAGGGCCCGGCACUAAACCUCCAACAGUAACGCUGAGACGUCCAAACUCGUUUCCCUACAUGCACAUACAGACAUAAAAAAGCACACACAAUCGCAUCCAACACAGAACACAAUCAAAUCCCCGUCACACACAUUGAAGAGGACCAGGAAACUGUGCAGUGAAUGUAUUACAUGGGAUUAAGUAUUCACCAGAUAUCCAUUUGCCUUAAAGGGAUUUCGUGGACUGAUCUUUUUUAUUCAGUAACCCCAGGCAAUUUGAUAUGCAGAUAUAUUUUCCACAUUAUUUUCUCAGUCAUUUCUCUUUUUUUUCUUCUUUUUUUUGUGUUAUUUAUUUCAUUUACAUGACGGGCCUCUGCAAACUAAGAAAGCGACCUAUUUCAGAGGGCACACUUGAUUCCUCUUGUUUUAUUCGUCUCGCCAAUUGACCUCAGAGACAGCGCGGGGAGAUAAUAAAUGCCUUUUGUAAAAGAAGGAAUGUCAUAAGAAAUCAGCCACUCAUAAAUCAGCUCGUGCCUCACUGUCAAACCUCUCACCAAUUUACUCACUCCGUCAUAGUAAUUAUAGCAUUGACCUUGGACUAAAUGGAUGCCGGAUUUGAUAAACAUCCGAAAUUCAAAGAAAGAAAGAACUUUCCCCACAACUGCUUUUUUCAUUUUGCAAGAUUAACUGCGAGCUGAAGUUGAGGAAACAAAGAACCGAGGAGUCAACAUAGCCAAUAAAAGCUUGAGCAUUUCGUGGACGUGGAAAGACUGUAGAUGUAUAUGAUCAUCUUUGUAAUGCUUUGGAAAAAAGAUGCAAUAGUUAUGACCUGCCUGCCUCUGUUUGACACCAUUUUUACAGUUUAACCCUUUGAAACCUGAGCAAAUUUUCUUCAUUUAUUUCAAAAGCAUAGGAAGAAGGUAAUG